AAAAAAAAAAAAAAAAAAGCUCAACGGCUUGAAAGAGAAGCAGGAGCAGACCCCCACCCCACCCACCCACCAGUGUAAGAGUACAACUCCACCGUCCGCAAUAACAGCAUUGGAAGAAGUAAUAAUCUUUAAGUUAUACAGCCACUGAUGCUUCGUUGUCUUUUGUUAGUCCCAAUAAUUUGAUUAUCGCCAUGCCCUCACGUGAUUUACCUUCUUCGCCGCCGCCGCUGGCGGCGGCGGCGGCCCACGCUCAGACCCACAGCCUGGUGGCGCCGCUUGCCGGAGGGAUAGCAGCCGCCGCUUCCAUCCUCCUCAUUUUCACUUUCUGCUUCCGGAAGAUUUCCCGCAAGCGGACGGUCCCUUCGCCAGAUACAGAGUCAAAGCCGCCCCACCGAUUCUCGUACGCCGCCCUGCGCCGCGCCACCUCUAACUUUAACCCCUCUCUCCGCCUCGGGCAAGGCGGGUUCGGGUCGGUCUAUAGCGGCGCUCUCAAGAUAUCCGGUUCCCAAUCCGAUGUGGCUAUCGCCGUCAAGGUCAUGGAUUCGGGUUCUCUCCAAGGCGAGCGAGAGUUCCAGAACGAGCUACUCUACGCCGGAAAAAUUGACUCCAAGUACAUCGUCUCCAUCAUCGGCUUCUCCUCCGAUCAGCGGGGCCGCCGGAUGCUGCUAGUCUACGAGCUCAUGGCCAACGGGAGCUUGCAAGACUGUCUUUUGCAUCGUAAGUGUAGCGAAUUAAAGAUAUGGAAAAAUAGGUUUUCAAUUGCUCUUGAUAUAGCUAAAGGGCUUGAACAUUUGCAUCAUUCUUGUGAUCCUUCGGUGAUCCACGGUGAUAUUAAGCCCAGUAAUAUACUGUUAGAUGCUAAUUUUAAUGCCAAAAUCGGGGAUUUUGGUUUGGCCAGGUUGAAAACAGAGGAUCAUGUUGAAAUUGAGGUGAGAAAGGAGGGUUCUUUAGGGAACGGGGUGGAGGAUAAUGGGUCAGUGAUUGAGGAAACGGAGAGUGUGAUCACGGCCAAUGGGUUUGAAGAGUUUCAUGGAGGAUUGGAGCAAUCCCCAGAAAGCUUUGUUCAGAUUCAGGCCUCUCCUGAGACUGGGAUGGGUGUGGAUUUGUCUCCAGAGGCGCCUGUGGUUUCUCCAAGGACAGUGGCGGCCAUGGCAUCCCCAUCCGAGGGAUUAGAAAAGACGAGUGUUUCGGAUGCAAAUUUUGAUAGGUUUAGUGUGGAGAGCAGUAAAGAGAUGAGUGAUAAGAAGGGCAGGAUGAUGAUGAAGAAGAAGAGUGUUUCCAGGAAUGAUUGGUGGUGGAAACAAGAUACUGGCGGGGGAGAGUCGGGGCCGGUGAAGGAUUAUGUAAUGGAAUGGAUUGGAAAUGAGAUCAAGAAGGAGAGGCCAAGGAGUGAGUGGAUAGGGCAGCCUUCGUCGAGUACUGGGGCGACUGCCAAAACAGAAAAGAAGAAACAUAGAAAGCGGUUAGAUUGGUGGGUUUCGUUGGACGAUGAAAAAACUGCGAAAAUGGAGAAGAGGAGACCAGCUAGAGAAUGGUGGAAGGAGGAGUACUGUGAGGAGCUUCAGAGGAAGAAAAAGAAGAAGAAACAACAAGGGCAAAGCUCUGCAAGUGAUGAUUGUCAGAGCGAAUACUGGCCAAGGGACGACGAAAUGUAUGGUGAUAGGAAAAAGAAAAGGAGUAGGAGUAGGAGUAGCAAGAGUAGCAUGGAUUGGUGGUUGGAUGGGAUUAGCGGUGACCUAUGGAAAGCUCGAAGAAAUAGCUACGAUUCUGCUAGCGGUGAUAUACCCAAGAGUGGCGGCAUCAGUAGCACACCUAGUAUGAGAGGCACCGUGUGUUAUGCUGCCCCAGAAUAUGGUAUUACCGGGGAUCUAUCCGAAAAGUGUGAUGUUUAUAGCUAUGGAGUACUAUUGUUAGUUCUCAUUGCUGGGCGCCGACCACUUCAGGUAACAGGCUCACCAAUGUCCGAAUUCCAACGUGCCAAUCUUCUUUCUUGGGCACGUCACCUUGCCCGAGUGGGAAAGCUUCUCGAUCUCGUUGAUCAGUCAAUCGAGUCACUGAAUAAAGAACAAGCCUUGCUAUGCAUCAAGGUGGCUCUGCUCUGUCUGCAGAAGUCUCCCGCCCGUCGCCCAUCAAUGAAAGAAGUAGUCGGGGUGCUUUCGGGGGAGUUAGAACCUCCCGAACUCCCAGUUGAACUUUCUCCAUCGCCUCCCUCUCGCUUCGCAUACAAGUCCCACAGGAAAGCUCGGUGAGUUUAGGUCUGGUAGUUUUCUAUGAGUUGAUACCAGAUGUGUAUGAGUAGAAAUGUUUGUAUACCAUCUCUAAUCUUUGUUGAUGAUUUAUGUAAAGAACAAAUAUGACAAAAAAGAUGAAUUUUAACGUACUGAUGUGGACAUUUAGUUUCCUUCA